GAGCACCUUUAUAGAGGUGGUGAUGUGGCCAUGGAGUCUGGUUUUGUUGCAGGGAGGCGGUCUCUCCUCAGCUCCAGCCCUCCUCAUCUGUCCACCUGGUGUCGACGUUGGGAGCAAGGUGGUUGCCUUAGCGAUGGAUGGGGAGACGGAGCCAAACCCUGUCAUGGCAGAGGAGAAGGCGGAGCUCCUCGAUGCCACUCCUUCAUCCCGACAACCGACCCCACCUCCAGCCGAGGCGGCUGGGGAGGAGGUAUCCAUGGAAACAGGAGAGGAAGCCACAAAGGAGGGUGGCACAGAGGACGACGAUGAUGAUGUAGUUCUUGUAGAGGAGGAGGCUGAAAGGCCUGCCUCCUCUCAAGAUGAAUCCAACGCAGCGAGUGCAGAGCAAUCAGCUGUUGAGGCUGCAGAUGCUGCAGAGGAGGACGCAGCAGCAGCAGCAGCAGCAGCGACGCCUUCCAAGAGCCCCGAGUCUCCUCCGUCUUCCAAUGCAUCCAUGGCGGCGGUAUCCCAGAAGCCCCCAACCACAGCACCAGAGCCCAUCGUCAUCGAUGACGAGGAGGACUGUGAACAGAAAGAGAGCUCUUCCCUCUCGCCUUUGCCCCCCGGAGACUCGUCUGCAUCCCACUCACCUGGCGGACUCAGCAGCAAAGAUCCAGAUUCAGAAAUCAGGAUCUCAAGCGUUACCACUUUAGGUCCCAGCAGCCAGAAAACCUCUGCAUCAAACACACCAACACAUCCAGACGAUUCCCAGGCAGACAUAAACCUAAUGAUCACCUCUGUGACGUCCCUCCAAGGUGAAGCAGCAGCUGUCAUAGAGGGAGUUGAGAACGAUACGGAGGAGAACGGUCUGCAGAUCAGCAGUGCCUUCAGUCUGAAUCCUGAAACCCCGUCUGCUCGAUCAACCACCUCCUUUAACCCGGGCCGAGGCUCAGGCUCCGCCAGCCAGCUGAUCCAGAAUGGAGAGGCGGGGACACACAAGGGAGCAGACUCCUGGAUCUCUCAGUCGGCGUCGGUUCCCCGCAGCCAAAAGCAAACCGGGGUGGACUCGCCAUCGCCUGCCACCUCGCUACCUAAGCCUGCAGGCCAGUCUUCCACCUCUACUUCCUCCUCAGGCUCCCAGACACAACCAAGGACGGUCAAGGUGACCUGCGCUAACUGUAAAAAGCCUCUAAAGAAAGGCCAGACAGCCUACCAGCGAAAAGGCUCCUCCCACCUGUUCUGCUCCACCACCUGUCUCUCUGCCUUUUCACACAAACCUACACCCAAGAAAACCUGUACUAUGUGUAAAAAAGACAUCACGCAUAUCAAGGGCACAAUUGUUGCCCAGGUCGACUCCAGCGAGUCUUUUCAGGAGUUCUGUACAACCGGCUGCUUGGGCGCGUACGAGAACAAGCACAACCCGCCUAAAACUGGGAUCAAAAACAAAUGCACCGUAUGCGGAAAACUCACAGAGAUUCGACAUGAGGUCAGCUUUAAAAAUGUGACCCAUAAGAUCUGCAGCGACACAUGUUUCAACGUUUACCGUAAAGCCAACGGGUUGAUCAUGAACUGCUGUGAGCAGUGUGGCGACUACCUGCCCAGUCGGGCUUCAGCCAACCACUUCCUGCUGGUCGAUGGCCAGCAGAAACGCUUCUGCUGCCAGAACUGCAUCAGGGAUUACAAACAGGCUCACAGUAAACUUGCAACCUGUAUGACUUGCAAAACACUAAUCAAGACAGGGGAAGUUCUCCAAACCCUUGGAGCAAACGGCACCAUGAGCUCCUACUGCUCUGUGAGCUGCAUGAACAAGGGCAAACUCACCUCAUUGAUCAACAAAGAACCGACAUGUGAUUUCUGUAAAAGAAGCUCCUUGCCGCAGUACCAGGCCACGCUGCCAGAGGGCAGCAUCCUGAACUUCUGCAGCUCACAAUGUGUUACUAAGUUCCAGAAUGCUUCCCUUCAAACAACCACUAACGGUCAGAUGCCCCUCAGCAACAGCUCUGUCCAGCUGAAAUGCAACUACUGCCGAGGAGCGUUCAGCCUGAAGCCUGAGAUUCUGGAGUGGCAGGAUAAGGUCUAUCAGUUCUGCAGUAAGACUUGCUGCGAGGAUUAUAAGAAGCUCCACUGCAUUGUGACGCUUUGUGAGUACUGCCAAGAAGAGAAGACCCUUCAUGAGAUGGUCAAGUUCUCUGGUGUUAAGAGGCCGUUCUGCAGUGAAGGCUGUAAGCUGCUGUUUAAACAGGAUUUUAUCAGACGUCUGGGGCUGAAGUGUGUGAGCUGCAACCACUGCAACCAGCUUUGUAAGAGAGGCAUCACGCGGCAGCUGGGGGGCUUGACCCGGGACUUCUGCAGCGAGGCUUGUGCUAAGAAGUUCAAUGACUGGUACUACAAGGCGGCGAGAUGCGACUGCUGCAAAGUGCAGGGAAACCUGACUGAGUCUGUGAUGUGGAGAUCAGAGAUGAAGCAUUUCUGUGACCAAGAGUGUCUGUUGAGGUUCUACUGUCAGCAGAACGAUCCCAUCAUGGUCACACAGAAGGGACCAGAGAACACCACUCUAGGUAUAGACGUACAAGCAGCAAAAACUGGGCUGGUGAAUCAGAGUGCCGUCACAUACUCCAGUGGGGGGGUGAUUAGAGAUGUGAAGAAUAAGGCGGUGCUCUGCAAACCGCUGACCCUGACCAAAGCCACCUACUGCAAACCACACAUGCAGAGCAAACAUCUACAGACAGAUGUUGACGACGGCGUGAAGAGGGAGUAUAUUCCUGUACCUAUUCCUGUGCCCGUCUUCAUCCCAAUGCCUAUGAACAUGUAUGCCCAGGUCACCCCUACUCCACUCUCUAUGCCUGUACCGGUUCCUGUGCCUGUGUUUCUACCCACCACCCUCCAGGGGGCAGAAGAGAUCAUUCAGACCAUGAAGGAUCUGAAAGCUGAGAUGCCCUCCAACAGCAUGGAAGCUGAUGUAAUAAUCAAAGAUGACGAGAAGCCAGACGUGAAAGAGUUGAUAGUGAAGGAAGACUGUGUCAAAGGCGAGUCCUCCAGCAGUAGCUCAGAGGAAGAGGAGGAGGUAGAGGAAGAAAAAUACGACCCUGACCUGGAUCUAGAGGCAGAUUUUCCUCAAGCAUCAGAACCUGUUCCAGCGCUGGAAGGAAUGGAUGAGGAUAUGGGCUUUUCUUUGCCUCCAGUCCUAGCAGAGGAGAAGGAGGACCUCCAGGAAUCCGUACCUCGACCACAACCCAGAAAAAUGGGAAGUAAAAGGAGGGCCCUGGAAGAUUUGCGCUCAUCCUCUCCAUCACAUUCAAGUAGCAACUUAGCAGGCAGAUCGCUGCCGCUCAAAUCCCGCUACGGCAUCAAUGCCUGGAAACGCUGGGCGCUGUCCCUCUCUGACCAAUCAGAAGACGCCAAAGAAAAAGAUACCUCCAAACCAACACGGUCGAAAAGUAACCUGUUGACGUUAAAAGCAGCGGAGCUGAAUGUUGCACUGUCCCGAUUUGUCCGGGAGGCCUGCAGGCCCAACGGGGAGCGCUACUCUCCAGACAGCAUCCUCUACCUCUGUCUGGGAAUACAGCAGCAUCUUCAUGCCAAAGGCCGGAAGGAUGAUCUGUUCGGUGACCCCUGUUACCAGCAGUUUGGAGAGGAGCUCAACAAGGUGCUCAAAGACUGGCAGCCCAGCGUGCUUCCUGAUGGCUCGCUGUGGGGUCGAGUGGAGGAGCAGAGCCUGUGGAGCGGCCAGCACCUCGGGGAGCAGAGUCCAGCCUCCCUGCUACGCUCUCUGGUUUACCUGAACACUAAAUACUUUGGCUUGCGCACGGUGGAACAGCACCUGCGUCUCUCCUUCGCUAACGUUUACGGGCCGGACACCAUCCAUCCUGUCAGCAAGGAGAGCAGCGUCUGCAUCCGGGUUCCCUCCAUCUCUCAGGAUCACCACAGAGACGUACCGACAGCAUCUAGGAAGAGGAAGCGUAAGCUAAACGAAGAAGAAGAGGAGGAAAACGAGGGCUCGGGGGGCUCGUCUGUUCACUGCCCGGUAAAGAAGCACGAGUGUCGUCUCUAUGAGCUCUAUAGAUCCAAAUGUCCACCGUUGCUGUGGGAGCGCCUCGACGUCUUCUACGUUCAGCCCGAUCCCACCUGCAGCCCCGCUGACCCCGUGUGGUUCAGCUCCACUCCCCUGGAGCGCCAGAUCCUAGAAAGCCUCCUGACCAGAGUCCUCCUGGUCAGAGACAUUUACACAGACAAGCCACUCCUGGAGGAAGAUGAGGAAGAGGACAGCCGCGGUGAAGAAGACGGAGGAGAGUAGCACCGGCCUAGACUGUUUUUCGUAGAACCUGAGAGGAACAUUUAGGAUAAUCUAGUUGUAUGUUUUCCCCCUUCAGCUGUCUUUAUCCUCAUCUCUUCACCGACUCUUGUGACUUAUUGUUUCCUCCUGGUGAGGGACACCCACUGCAAGUAGAGGAUGCUUACAGUGGAGGUGAAAAGCAGCCCAGACUGUAACUUCUGCCUCAAAAAUUAAUUCAGAGGAAAAAGCUUUUGGUUUUAGAAGCUGGAGGAAAAGGAAGGCGAAGGACAAAGAAGGAAGAUGGAAGAUGGAGGCGGAAACGCACCCAGAAAUGUCAAGGAUGGCGUGGAUUUGAAGGAAUCUGAAAUACAGAUUUCAGUUCUCAAACCCACAGCUUGGACAAAGAGAUAUCAGUAAUCCCCCCUAGUCACCACUAAUAGAUUCAAAACACUUUCACAUCCACGUCCUCCUCACUGUUACUUGAUUGGAAAAAAACAGAAGGAAACACUUCUCAGUACAAGAGAGAAAAACGGUUUAAAAAGAUUAAAAAAAAUAAAAAGGCAACAGAAAAGUGGAGAAAGUAUUGCAGCCUGAAACUAGGUGAUAUCAACUGUUCCACCAGGAAAUCUGUUCUUGAAAUGAAAACCAAAAAAUCCACCGUGUUUUAAGUUCAUUAGGGUAACGCGUCUGGAAGAAGUUUAGUUCUUAGUGUGAGACGUUUGACGUUCAGCUCGUCUGUGAGGGCCGGCACACUGCACGCUGUUUUCUAUGAAGGAGAGAAUUGCAUCAAUUAAAGCAUUAAUUCCAUACAUUAUUUUUAUUCAUUGGAGGUUUUGUUUUUAUUUUAAGGUAUUCCUUUCAUCCCACAUGGUGAAAACAUGGACGCACUUAUAGUUGGAAUCCACUUCCUGCUCGAUCGUCAAUACAGAAAAACAAGGGAUUGUUCAGGUUAUCCAAACCCAGGAUGCCUUAGAAAUGGUUGGACAGUAAUAAACUAUAUAUCCACAUAUAAGUACUCAAACACAAUCUAAUCUAUCAGCUGUUUAGAAACCUGUAUUUAUCUAGAUGUGUUAGAAAUGCACUGAUCAGAUAUCUUGGUCAAUUUCCAAAAUCUCCCUAUUUUUGGAAGCUCUGAUCCACCUGCACAAAAUUUAAUUAGUUGUCCAAUCUCUUUUAGUACUAAAAAGUAGAAUUGCUGACA